AUGUUCAUCUUUUACAUUGGGAUCAGCCACCUCAUCGAGAAACCCAUACCGCAAGUUUUAGGAAGUCCUAUGCAAACCACAAUGAGGCACACUUCGCCGUUAGUUCCACACGAUGUCACUUCGCCGUUAGUUCCACACGAUGUCAACGGUCAAGCUAUCAUUCCCAAACGGCUUCCCGGCGCCGAGUCACUCGAGCUUGUUCGUGUCGAUCGUGGAAAGCUGGUAUUCCCUGGAAAUCUAGUGGACUGCGACAUGGCAUGGUAUGGACCUCCCAAGAGAGUUACAAAGCCAUAUGCACCUAUUAAGCAAGCCAAAAGCAAACCCCUUUCGGCAGCGGCGCCCGCAUUCCAUCCCGCACCCAAAACAUCGUCUGCCGGCCUUUUGGGUCCUCAUCCGAGGAACCCAGAAACCAUGGAAAAACUUCGGAUUGAAGGGAGCCAAUACUACCGGUCAAGGGGGACCCCGAAUGUUUUUGCAGGAGCUAAUACUCGAGGAUACAACCAACCACGCAAGAACAUGGAUCCCAAGGCUGAGAAGUCAUCCUCUUCCGGUGAAUUACCGAGCCCACUAGGCAAUAGGGAUUUUAAACAGGGAAGAGCCAACUAA